AUGCCUGUUGUCGUGGCCCAGAUGCAGAAUAUCUUCCACGUGGCUCCGACAACCAGCAAGUCAACCAUCCUCUCAUGCUCCGCUCUCCCUCUCUCCCUCACGUUAGUACAUUUCCGUGUGGUGCGGUACUUUUUUAUUCCCAUAGAGCUCUCCAGCUGCAAUGAGUCCACUCGUGCUGUAUACCGCCAUCGCCACUCUCAUGGCACUGCUGUGGGGGAUGGGCGUGACCCACACGCAAGUCAGAGCACGGGUGCAUCAGCAGGGCUGAUGAAGCUGAAGAGUGCAACCAAGUGCCUAUUGAUUGUCUCUUUUCCUCCUCUCUCCUCCACUCCCGUCACCGUGCAUCCUGCCUUUUCUUCCUCAUCAUCACCAUGCUGCAGCUACGUGGGAUCUUCUCUCUGCUGCACAGCCUCAUGGAUGCAGGGAGUGGGUGAAGCUGUUAGAACUGUCGUCGCGAGUGUGGUCGGAACACAUGAGUUGAUGGAGGUGAUGGAGAGGAGAAUGAGGGCGCUUGGCGUGCAGCUGGAAGAGGCUGAGAGGAGACGAGCGGCGGAGAUGAGGGAGAUGCGAGGGCAAUUGGGGGAGACGGAGGGGCAGCUGAAAGCAGCGAAUGGGGAGAUAUCUGCAUGGAAGAAAAUCAAAUCAGCAUCACAAAAGGUGUGCCUAGAGCUGCAUUGUCACGAUGGAGUAUCGGACGCCAUGCUCGCCCAUGUGUCUACAAUGACGCAUUUGACGAGAAUUACCUUGGACUCUAGCACAGGCUUCAGUGCAGAGGGCAUCAAGCACCUCUACCGACUCCCACGGCUGAAGGUUCUAGAUCUUAGCUGCACUUACAUCUCAGACUGUGCCUUGGAAGGAAUUACGUCGUUGACCGGUCUCGAGCAGCUUUAUCUCCAUGUUAACGAUGUGACCGAUGCUGGCCUGUCGCAGUUGACAUGCCUUUCCUCUCUCGCGGAACUGGGACUUUCUGGAUGUACGUCUGUGACAGAUGCUGGUAUGGUACAUGUGGGGAGGAUGAUGGGGCUUGAGGAGCUUCAUCUGGGUUGGACGGCAGUCACAAAUGAUGGGCUGCAGCAGCUUAGUGGCCUGACCAAUCUGACAACUCUUCGAAUCCCAAGUGGGGAACUGGUUUCUGAUGAGAACGUGUUAGAGUGGAUAGGCACGUAG